AUGACGCCAAUCCAGCGUCCCCGCUCCGCUUCCACAACCCCGUUAAACGCAGGGGAACGCGGAGCCGCUCCCACCCCCCUGCCAGGCUCCGGGAAAAACAUUCAUCAACGCAAAUCCUUGGUGAAAAAAAAAAGUGAAGAAAUCUUGGGUGAAAUAACAACAAAAACAACAAAAAGUUGUUUCCCCUCCUCCUCAGCUGAGGUUCCAGGGUGCAAAACGCGAUUCUGUGAUGUGGCAGAGUCACGGCCUGCAAGGACAGGUAGGAAUUUGGCUGCGGAGCUGUUUUCCUUGGAAAACAAAAGGGUUUCUGUGACAGCGCGGAGCCAGUGCCAGCUCCGGGCUCGGAGCUCUCUUCAGCCCGUGGGAGCCGCAGGAUGUUCCUCACAAGGUCCCUCCAAGCCAGCCACGGCUUUUCCCACCCUUCCCAAUCAGGCAGCUCGUGGUGCCAAACCCCAGAAGACUGGGAGGACAGGACAAAUCAAUGACUUCUCCUCGUUGUCUGGUGGCUUCUCCCUCGUCCAGGCGUUCCCAGAGGAUGCAGAGCAGCAGGAAGAGGUGGCAGGAAUCCCGCAGGAGCUCUGGAAACUUCCCCAUGCCGAUAACGAAGUAGAAAGGGAGGGGAAGAGGCAGCUCCUGCCUGGCUCAGGUUCUCCCUGCCCUGAGCUCAGGUGUCGGCAGCUGCCAGCGAUUCCAGCGCCGUAUCCGUGGCAGGAGCUUCGCAGCGGAUCAGGUUCAGGGAUUUUCUGCUGGCUGGGGAUAAAUGAUGAUGUCAAAACUGGAGAGAUGUUGUCACACCAGUGUGUCCCCUGGUGGGGUCAAGGUCCGUCAGUCUGUCGGAAAGCCGAGAACAGGCAAAAAAAACCCAACAAAACUCUUGUGCUUGGGGUCAGAGCUGCAGACAAAAGGCUCUUUGUGCCGAGAGCUGACAAUGACAAAUAAAGAGGAACCUGUUGAUCUAGGAGAGGAGAGGAGGAUUAUGGAAAGAUCACGUGGUGAGGGAGGAAAAGGCCUUGGCUGCUUGUCUGGCCGUCGGAACGUUCCGGAACGUUUGUUCCCAGAGACGCCGGCUCCUGCUCGUGGCUCUUCUUGUCGGCCUACAGAACGUUCCCGGUGGAGCUGUCCCGGAGCCCACACGCUCUCAGCUGGUUUUCCUCACUGGAAAUCACCGUUUUUCACAGCAAUUCCCAUUUGCAAACCUCUCCAAAACUCUGGAACGCGGCCGGCCCCAAAUGCAGGACACAAAGACACGCCAGCGACAAAACGCCCGUAAUUCAUCAAAGUUCCUGGAAGGAGCCCAAAAGCCGUGUCUAAUGCUAAUAAUAAACAUAUUUCCCAAAGGUGAAGAUCUGAGCUGAAGGAAAGGAAACUCUUCCAAAUCAGGACGAUCCCAGUCAGGAAUCCACGAAUUUUCAGGAGUUUUGAUGUCCAGGCAGAAAUCUUGACAGGAUGUUGAGUCAGAAUCUUGGAAUUUUUAUUUAAAAUAUAAUUAAAAUGGAAAUAUUUCCUGGAAUGCAGCAGAGGUGAAGAUCUGAGCUGAAGGAAAGGAAACUCUUCCAAAUCAGGAUGAUCCCGGCUGGGAAUCCAGGGAUUAUUGGGAUUUUGGAUGUGCAGGAGGAAAUCUUGACAGGAUGUUGAGUCAGAAUCUUGGAAUUUUUAUUUAAAACACGAUUAAAAUGGAAAUAUUUCCUGGAACGCAGCAGAGGUGAAGUUCACAACUUCUCCCCAAAAUCCCCUCCCCAAUCCAGAGGGGAGUGAGCGACGAGCCAAAACAAAAAGAGGAUUUGGAGCCGGCGUGACGUGACGGCAGCUUGGAACAACGAGGAGUUCCAAAAUAGCGCUACUGACUGCUGGAAAAACAACAUCCAUAUAAUUUGCAGUUUUUGGCCAAUCUGAAGCUUCUGGAGGAACUGAUAUUUUAUCUUUUGCCUGGCUUUGAAUUCCUCAGCUCCUCAGGACCUGCCCUGGUUGUUUUUUACUCUCCCUCCUUGUGCUGCAUCCACAAAUGAUGAAAAUUGGUGCUAAUGACCAAAAAACAAAACCCAAAAAAUCCCAAAGGUGAUUCAUGGAAAUGGAAUUUUGUUGACAAAAAGAAAAGUGGAUUUAACUCGGCCAAAGGAAAUGCUUUUCCAACUGGAGAGGAAUAUCUGAGGAAUGACCAUUUCUUCCCCGAGACAGAACUGUCCCAGCUUGAAUUCACAAAAUAAACUGAAUAAUUCAAAUGAGA